CAACGUAUAACCCGGACCAGCUCGGUUUGCGUUUAUUAUUUGUUGGAAUGAGGAUUAGUUACGAUGCAACGUUAGCUUGACUGGCUCUGUCCCGACGAAAGACGCUUGUUUGUGUAAAAUAUAUGCGAUAAAAACAUCCUCACUGAAUCUCCCAGACCAUCUCUGGAAGGAUGUCGCUUUUACGUGUUUGCUGUGAAGCUCUGUGAUUAUUUCCAGCCGACAUUUGCAGCUCGUUAUACGUUAUUAGAGAACGGAGCUCUGGUCACCAUGGAGCUAAAGCAGCAGAGAGGAAAGACCUGGUCAUCAUUUGUGGACACUUUCUCCUUCAUUGUGGUCCAGCUGAGGACAGAGAGACUGGAGGCAGUUUCAGAGUGAAACCAGAACCACUGACCAAGAUCCUGGUUUGUGUCAGAUUCCAGUUUCUGGCAGGAGAAAGCCAGAAGAUCCAGGUUAUGUGACUGAAGCCUUGAUCUAUUUGAGAGGGUUGAAGACAAGGGUUGUGGGAAGGAGAAUCCCAGGUGGAGCGAGGAUGACAGAUGAUGAAGGUUGAAGCAGAAGAACCUGGAGGGUCCAGUUUAGAGACCCCAGUACCAGCAGGACCGACAUCAGAACUGGAGGAAACGCAAGACGACAAAGGUCUCAUCCAUCGGAUGUCAGUGAUUAAAGAGGUUCCCCAUGCCUGGACCUCCAGUUUGGACCAGGAAGACCCAGAACCCCCCCACAUAAAGGAGGAAGAAGAGGAGCAGUGGAUCAGUCAGGAGGAAGAGCGGCUUACUGUGAAGAUGGAAGAUGGAGAGGAACUUCGGUUACCAGAGCUUCAGCAAAUCAAAACUGAAGACAACGGAGCAACAGAAAUUUCACCCACCUAUUCCCUUGGACAGAUGGAAAAAGAACCUGGUAGAGAGGACUGUGGAAGACCAGAACCAGACAUGAACCUGGACCCAGCAUGUUCUUCUCAAAAGAUGACAAAUGACAGAAAAGUGCUGCCACUCAAACAGAUGUUGGUGAUUAAAGAGGUUCCUCAUGACUGGAGUCCGAGUUUGGGCCAACAGGACCAAGAUCCCCACAUAAAGGAGGAAGAGGAAGAACUGUGGAUCAGUGGGGAGGAAGAGCAACUUACUGUGAAGAUUGAAGAUGAAGAGAAACCUAAGUUGUCAGAGCUCUACCACAAUAAAACCGAAGACAACAUGGAGAUGGCAGCUUUAACCACUUGGUCAGUUGAACAGAUGAAAACAAAAUGUGAUGGAGAGGACUGUGUAGGACCGGAACCAGACAGGAACACAUAUUCAGAAGACUCUUCCCAAGAAAGUAAAACGGCUGUUCACAGUAAAGGUAAAGGAACUGCAACGUAUCGUCUUCAUACACAUGGGAAACUCCACACCGGAGAGAAACCAUUUGUUUGUGAUUAUUGUGGUAAAAGGUUUAAUGCAAAGAACUUUCUCAAGACUCAUGAGAAGACCCAUUCAGAAGAAAAACCUUUUUCCUGUGACAUUUGUGGUAGAAAAUUUCAUCAAAAGAGUAGUAUUAAACAGCACAUGCGGAGCCACACUUCAGAAAAAACAUUUGUUUGUAGUGUUUGCAACAGAGGCUUUUCACAGGAAAAUUUUCUGGAGAGGCACAUGCAUGUUCACGCAGCACAUAAACCGUUUACUUGUAGUUUCUGCAGUAAAGGUUUUUCCCAACAAAAUACUCUAUUGAAUCACUUAUAUAUUCACACAGGAGAGAAACCAUUUAUUUGUAGUGUUUGCAGUAAAGGUUUUUCCCUAGAAACUGUACUAAAAAGGCACAUGCUUAUUCACACGGGUGAGAAACCAUUUAUUUGUAGCGUUUGUUGUAAAGGAUUUUCACGACAAGAGAAUUUAAAGAGUCACAUGCGCGUUCACACUGGAGACAGACCGUUUGCUUGUAGUGUUUGCUGUAAAGGAUUUUCACGACAAGGCUAUUUAAAGAAACAUAUGGAUGUUCACACUGCACCAUUUAGCUGCAGUGAGUGUGGUAAACAUUUUGUGAAGGAAAUCCAGUUGGAGCGACAUGUAAAGGUCCACACAGAGGAGAGGCCUUUUGGGUGUGAUAUCUGUAAAACCAGAUUUAUUCAGAAGUGUCAUCUUGAUAAUCACAUGAGAGUCCAUUCAGGAGAGAAACCGUUUGUUUGUGAUGUUUGCAGUAAAGGAUUUUCACAACAAGACCGUCUAAAGAGACACAUGCGUGUUCACACAUGUGAAAAACCGUUUGUUUGCCAUAUUUGUAAUAAAGCUUUUUCACAACAUGGGAAUCUGAAGACGCACAUGAAUGUUCACGAGGGUCACAAGGAAUGAAUCAAAAUCCUGACGUGAGGUUGAUUAAACUGCCUUAGCAUGUCCUUAAACAGGCAUUCUAAUGACAACCUAGAUUAUUUCACUGAGCAAAUACAUUUGAAUGAAAGAUCUUUAAAAAUCUAAUAGAAAUGUCAAAAUAAGGAGUCAAAUGUUUAGACGGCUAAAAGUUUUAAUUUGAUGAUCAAUAUUAUGACCAUAAAAACCUCGAGCAGAUCAACAAUAACUGGUCUAUUCUCGGCUUUUGUAUUCCAUUGAAAGCUCAAUAUUUAAAACGGCUUUCCAGCCACAGAGAAUCAUUUUAUAACAGUCAACUGUGUUCCUUGAGUUGUUAUACAAGUACUGUACAUAACAAAUGACUAAAAAGAAAUUUGACUUGGUAAUUUAACCCUUUGAAAUUGGCCUCUGUGUCUUUAAGAACGUUCUGCUCUUUACAACAUCUUACUUUCAAGAAAUCGUCACAUCUUUCCUCUCUUAACCAUUUAUGAACAUUUUUACCAGCAUUGCACUGGGAAGUAGCUCCUAUAAUGAGCUCAGCAGAUGUGCUGUUCCACCAGCUGUUUGUUAAUUGCUUCUGGCUAGUCUGAAGGAGCUGAGAGGGCGGGUUUUGGGGGAUCGGUACUCUGAAACAAAAGCUUGGGAUGAAUGAGUGGCUGCCACCAGAGAUUAAAAGAAUCUUGAAACAUAAAGCAAAGAGCACAAUUACAGAUUUUCUGUUUGUUCUGGAUACUGGUUCAGUUAUACUUUGCUUUUUGUUUUGCCAAAAAAGGAAAUGGCAGUUUGAAAUUAUGCACUUCUCUGAAUGAGAGCUAAACUGAUUCCAGCUUAUUAGUUUCAGCCUAAUUGGGGAAGUUAAGUGGUCAUAUUGUAAUUAGUCAUAUUUUUGGCUCGUAACUAGAAAGACACUGUGUCUUCAAAAUAUCUUCUGAUACCAUUCCAUCAGAAAUAUCACUGAGUAUAAAGUGUUUUCUUUUUUGUUUUCUGCGAACCCUAAUUCACUCACUGCCAAAGGGGUCAGUUUCUAAGGUUUUGAUUCGUUUUUUUUUUUCUUGUUUGUAUUUUUAAUUGAGGUCACUGCAGGUUAAAUCGUUGAAAUGGAACAAAUUAUGCAUCUCUUUAAAAGAAAUUGUCUUGUUCUCUCUCUCUCUCUUUGUUUCAUGCUUCCUGGUGCAAAAAUAUGUCUGAAAUUAACUGAAACUGAUGUUAAGGUUUGUCUAAACUAAGCCUUUUUAAUAAAAAUGUUUAAAAGAUGUGUCCAGACUUAUGUUUAUGCCAUAAUUGCAAAAAAUGGGCCUGUUCGUCUUGCAAAUUACCUGAGAUGAAAUGUUUUGCUAUUUUUGAAAACAUUUAUCAUAGCAGAAAUGUAAAGACCUUAUAAAAAGGUUAUAUUG